AUGUCCUUUCGUGCAGAUGCAACAGACCAACAUCCGGGUGGGGAUUACGUCGACAAGUGGCCGUUCAUCUUCGACRACCUCCACAAGCAUGGUUACGUCACUUCCUGGUCAGAGGACCAUGCAAAAUACGCGGCCUUUCAAUAUCGUCUGAAAGGGUUCGUCAAAAAACCUGUAGAUCAUUUUCUAAGAAACUUUUGGGUAGCAGCUUCCGAGCAUACUGAUGGAAUGGAAACUUAUUGUCUUGGCCCUGAACUUGGCUUCAAGAAGCGCUUUCGAUACAUAAAGAGUCUUUUCAAGGCGUACCCCAAGAAAAGAAAGUUUGCUCUGUCGUUCUUCKCACUUGGUCACGAUGAUGUGAACUCACUUGGCUUACCCGAUGAGGACCUCUCUACAYUCCUUCGUGACAUGAAGGAAAGCGGUUACCUUGACAACACGAUGYUGGUCGUCAUGGGCGACCAUGGAAUUCGGUAUGGAGCAAUACGCAAGACUAUUUUGGGUAAAUUAGAAGAGCGAUUGCCUUUGUUGUAUAUGGCUGUUCCUAAAUGGGUUAAAGAAAAAUACCCGGARUUUAUUCGGAAUUUAAACAUCAAUACGAAUCGGCUAACGACACCGUACGAUCUUCACGCAACGCUGCAGCAGAUACUUUCCAAAACRCACAAGAAAACGUAUACGUUUGGUCAGAGUUUAUUUUCAGAGAUUUCUAAAUCUCGCACGUGUAAGGAAGCGGGGAAUCCGGCGCAUUUCUGUCCGUGUAUUGAUUUUCGACCUGUUGAUCCUCGUCAUAAACACUUAAAACAAUUUGGUGAGGAGACGGUUCGAUGUAUUAAUCAGUUAAUUAAAGAUGAAAAUCUCACCGAGGUAUGCUCSCUUUUGACUCUUGAACGAGUCGAGAACUCUGUUUAUCUUGCACCAAACGAGAAAGUGCAAAAGUUUGAAAAAUCUGCCGACGUCGAUGGUCGAGUUGUUGCUGAGGGGUCAAGAUCAAAAGGAAUGUGUAAUUAUCAAGCUCAAGUAAUGACGUCACCCAACGAUGGUAUCUAUGAGGUCACAGGUCACGUGAGUGGCAUGAUACCUCACGUGAACCCACAGAUGAGUCGGCUUGACAAAUAUGGUGAUCAGCCCAAGUGCAUUAUGGACUCUCGACCUCACAUGAGAAAAUUUUGCUACUGUAAAACGAAAUCGUCAUAGGUGUGGAACACAAUCUCGUACCCAGAGCCCUUAUUUCUUAUUGCGCAUGCUCAACGAAAUAAUUGGGCUCUGGAAAACUCCAAACCGGAAGACCCAGAUUCUGGGUUUCUCGCACAUGCGCAUUAUGACAGACUAGGUAAAU